AUGCAGAACAGGACUAGCCUACUUCUCGGGGCCUUUGUCCUCCUCACGGGUUUCCUGAUGAUCUGCCUGGGGGCCUUCUUCAUUUCCUCAGGCUCUGUUUUCAGCUGCUGGGGAAGCCAGAUCUUGGCAUAUUUGCUCCUGCCUCUGGGGUUUGCAAUCCUUCUGAGUGGAAUUUUCUGGAGCUCCUACCGCCAGGCAAACGAAAACAAAGGGGUUUUCAGCCGCGUGCUCGGGGAACACCUGGCUCAGGGGGCCCUGCCCCUGGCCACAGUGGACAGGCCAGAUUUUUACCCUCCGUCUUACGAAGAGAGCCCUGAUGCGGAGAAACCGAGCUGUCCCGCCCAAGGAGAGGCCUGGCAUGUCCCUCCGCCUCGGUACACAGAGACGAGCCUUGAGUUCCAGGAUGAAAACGACGCCCAGCCAGAAGCCCCGCCGGCCUACGACGAGCAUGCAGGGCUGGCAGCUGCUGCAAUGCCCGAGGACGCCGAGGGGCCACGCAGGGAGCAGCGCCUGCAGCGAAGCCCUCCCGCACCCAGCGCACACGCCCGCGGGAGUCGGCUGCUUAGAGGACAGGCGGCACGCGCCAGGGGAGGAACCUCCACACCUGGGGACCGGCCUGGGGGCGCCGUGUGUCACAGCCACGCAGGCUGCGGCUGA